AUGUCAUCAAUAAAACCUCCCUGGAGCUUGGUCAUUCCAGAUGAGCUGAGCUACGAAAGCUUCAAUCGAAAUAGUGAUUCUUUGGCCAGGUUUGCUUAUCCAACCCUCGAGUUUAAGGGUCCCGAAGAGACCAGACCUUGCCUUGGGAAGGCAUCACUUAUGCUAGAAGGCUUCACUGCCCUCCUUACUAGCAGCCCAGAUCUGUUGAGUGCUCGGCUUGAUCGAGACCCAGAAGUAGAGAUAGAGGCAAAGGUUGCAGCAGAAGAUUGGACUGGAACCCGAGAAGGACAAAAACAAGAUCUCUUAGGAAUAGCAGACCGUGGAAAGCAAGCUACUCUCUCUAAACUAAAUGGAAAAAGAGCUUAUCUUAUAGCAGCUCUCUCAGGGAAGCUUCCUUCGGGAUUAACUGGGGUAUUCAUAGCUGCUGGUCUCGACCGGUUCACUAGAAUGGUUGGAGCAACUGGAGCUCCUACUAUCCCUAGAAGCUGA